AUGCAUCUAUUCCUGCUCACCAUUUACGGUAAUCGGCCGUGGCACAAGCAGAUUGAGCACAGCGAAUACAUAUUAGAGAGCAGCAACUUGACUAAAGAGGUCCAAUCGCAGUACUGGGAUGAAGUUAUAAGACCCGAAGAGAUAGUGUACAUGAUCAUGUUGAUCAAGCGCAAGGGCGAUAUGAGCGAUACCUCUUGUCGAGAAUUCCGCGCGAUGAACAUGGAAAAGACACGUAGGAACAAGGAGAUGAAAUGUUCCAGCUGUGGGCUAGUCUCGGGCGUGACUGAGAGCACUCUCGAGACUGGACAUGUUGAUCCCGCCAGCGAGAAGGAAAUUGAUUCUCAAGCAAAGCCAUCAAAGACAUUCCAGAGCCUAGUGGAGAAGCGAUUCUUGCGAAUACGUCACCAAUGCGACCUCUCGACACACGACCUCAACUCUAUUCCGCACUAUCGACUCGGCACUACUGAUACCCCGUUUUGCCCCAGGUGCGACAGCGAAAAUUCCGGGUGGCAUACUUUCUGCCCAAUGUGUGGUCAGGAUGACGGGUUCUACUAG